UCCAAGAGAAAAGUUAAAAUUGGUCAUGCGUCUCUUUCUCCGGACUCCUGGAUAAGGUGUAAAGAAGGCGAAAAAAUCUGCGACUUUAAAGGGGCCUUGGUUUGUUUAAUUAAGCAUAGUGAAGCAGUACAAUGGCAGGCAUUACCCUACAGGAAGUUGGGGGAGACCUGACCAUCAAUAUUCCUGAGGAAGCUACAGUCAUAGGAAGGGGUCAGUUUCUUCAGGUGACAGAUAAAAGAGUUUCUAGAAGUCAUGCUGUUUUGGAAGUUAUUGAUGAUAAACUCUUUAUCACACCAACUCAUACCAAUCCAUGUUUCUUGCGUACAACAAGUUCCAAAGAGCAGAAAGUGCUAACACGAGAGAUCAAGCAAAGUCUGGAGCAUGGUGAUGAGUUUGGACUUCUGCCUGACCAACUGUUUUACAGAGUGGUAUACCCACAAGUUAAUGGGAAAGACAGAGAUGAGGAGAAAAAAUCUGAUGGGGUGACAGAUGGGGUAAAGAAGGCUGAACAAAAUAAUGGCAAGGAAGAUACUAAAUCAACAGAAAAAGUUUCCAAUGGAAGUCCUGAGGACUCUAAGCCUGCAGAUAAUGUCAAAGAUGAUGAAGAGAUCAGUGAAAGUGAUCAGAAAAAGAAAGAAGACAAAGAAGAGAGUGACAAGGAGGAAAAAGAAGAAAAAAGUGAAGACAGUAAAAAAAGUGGUGAAGCUGAAUCUGACCUUGCCAUGCCAGUUGAUAAGCCUCGAGUUUUGCCAGAUUGGAUGGUGAAAGUUGCAGCAUCACCAUCUAAAACAAAGGCUAAUCCCAAAAAAGGGCCAGGUCCAGCAAGCAAAACCCAACCAAAGAAAAAGGUUGAAUCAAAAAAAGAGGAAGAUGAGGACAUGGAGGAAGAAGAAGCAGAGGCCAUUCCUGUAGUUAAUAAAAAAACAAAAGCCAAAGCUAGUGAGGAGGAAGAUGAUGAUGAUGAUGAUGCUAACCAAGAACCUUCAGAUGAUGACUAUGUUCCAGAAAAGACUUCAAGGAAAGGGCGCCGGAAAAGAACAAGUGAUGACAGUGAUGAAGAGCCAAGCGAUGAUGAUGACGAUGAUGACUAUUCUCCUAGAAAGGGCAAAUCUAAAGGUGGUAAAAAAAAUACUAGAGCAAAGGGCAGAGGUAAAAGUAAAAAAGCUGCCGCCCCUGCCAGGAGAACGCCAGCCAGAAAAAGGAGUAAGAAGAAAGGGAAUGAUGACGAUGAUGAGGAAGAUGAGGAUUUUGGGCUUAAAGAGGAGGAAGAAGAGGAGGUGCCAUCAAGGAGGCCUCAGAGAGCAGCAAGACAAAAGAGAGGAAGCUAUGUUGAUGACCCCAUGAUUGAGGAAGCCCUUGAAGACUUUGCAUCAGACAAUGAUGACGAUGGUAAUGAGGACAAAGAUAGUGACUUCCAGGUGGAGGGAGAGGAAGAAUCUGGAAGUGAUUGGGAAAAAAGUAAAAGUGGUUCUCAAAAAAAUAAGGCGGGCAGUAAACCAAGCAGGAGUCGAGGAGCUCCAAAGGGACCAACUAAAAAGGGGCAGGCUAAGAAGAAAGCCCCAAGAAGAUCCAAGAAGUCUGAAAGUGAUGAGGAGGAAGAGAUUGAAGAUGAUGAGCCCUAUGUUCCUAGGCCAUCCAAGAGAAGGGGCGCAGCACUGUCCAAAGAUUCGGAUGAGAGUGAGGAUGGGGCAAAAAAGAAGAGAAAGCGAGAACCUUGUCAGUAUGGGAAGAAAUGUUACAGAAAAAAUCCAGUCCACUUCCGUACAUAUUGCCAUCCUGGGGACUCUAGUUUUGAUGAAGAGGAAGGGGAAGAAGCAUCAAGUCCCAAGGACAUUAUCACAAAGAAAGAUUCCAGUAAGGCUAGCAAAGAUAAACCAGUCAGACCUCAGCGCAGUACAGCAGGUACAAGACUUGUGACACACGGUGAUGAAGGGGAAGAGGAGGAGGAGGAAGAAGACAUGCCAGAAGAUGGUGCACAGCCAUCAGAAGAAUCUGCAGCAGAUGACUCAGACUAUAAUGCUGAACAAGAUAUAUCAUCCGGCAAAAAGGGCUCUAAAAAAUCUGCCAAGGCAGUUAGCAACGAGUCCGACGAUUGAUUCUGUUGUUUCCUAUGUGAAUGAGUGGCUGUUUGACAUAUUUCCUUACAGUGAGCAGCAGAGGUUUGUAUGGAUUCUAUGUUCUGAAAAAUGUCAAUCUAUUGAAGUACAACUCUCAAAAUCUCAAGUUUAACAGAGAACUAAAUAAUGUAGAUAAGCAUCACAUAUAAAUCACACAUGUAAACAUAGCUGGAUAAAACCAUGGCUUGUUUGCGUGAACCCUAACAAAUGAAAACACAACAUUAAAUGCUAAUUAUUUUGGGUAAAUCAUUUUGUCUUAAAUGUAUUCCUACAUUCCUAAUCUUCUAUAUCAGCAUCAAAAGUUCAGUCUCAUGUAUUUCAACAUCUUAAACAGAUGAGUUAGUUUUUAAUGCUAACACAAAAUAAGGAAAGCAUUGGAUAAUUGUUCAUUGCUUUAAUUAUUUUAAUUACUGAUAUCUUAGUGAAAUGAUCUUUGAAAAGAAUUCUGUGAUUACAUUUGCGAAAUCUCACGAAAUGAAAAGUUCUGACCAAACUAGUCAUUGUAAUCUCAUCAGGACUUUUAUUUUUUAAUAAUCUUGGACAUAGGAAACAGUGUGACGUUUCUCUAUGUUGAGUAGUGCUUGUUCCAAACUUGUGUUCUUGUGUUGGUGUUUGAACUGGACAGGUGUUCCCUGGAAGAUAUGUGUUCAGCCUCUAGCAUUGUUGAUAUUUUAUGGUUUCCAUUUUUUUUUAAAAAUAUAAAUGCAUUUUUAUAGUGUUUUUGUAACUGUGUAUAUUCUGUUUUUAUUUUGAUUGUAAAUUUUUAGUUGUUUUUUUAUGUUCAUAAUAUUUCACAGUUGUUGCUGUUUUAAUCUUAGUGGACAUGAGCGCAAAAGUCAAACAUGGAUGUAUUUUUUAGUCAUGAAUAAUUUUUUUUUUUAUGUGAAAAGACGAUACUGCAUAGCAGAGAUUCUUUUCAUCUAUAUCUUAUGAAAAUCAAAUUUGUUUUCUAAGUAAAGAACUUUUGUCUUUUUGACUACCUCACCAUUAGAAGGAAAGAUUUUUUUUUUAUUGAAAAAGGAAAAUCUUGAGAGCAAAAUGCUAUUACCAUGCAAGAAAAUUUACUUGCAAAUUUUAAAAUUACAAAUUUAGUUAAGACAUUGCUAAAGGCUCGGGUCUCUUUAUUAUUAAGAAAUUACUUUUUAUAAGUGCGCUGGAGAAGAAGAGAAAGGAACAUUAAAUCUGAUCAAACACAUUUAAUACUUGCACAUUGUCACUAUGAAUACCUUAUAAAAUAUCCAGUAUUGAUCAAUGCCCUCACACAAAUUGACCAUUCAGUGAUUGCAAACAAAAAAAAAUACUUAUUUCAUUUGCCUCUUUGCUUUGAUACUAACCCUCUAUGCUGUUUUGUUUUUAUUAAUCAGCUCAAAUGUAUUGCUUUUUAUCUCCAUUUCUUCAUAUUUCUAUUUACAUUUGGACAUUUUUGUGAAUGUUUUAUCUUUAACUGAUCAAUAGGCAGAUACUUCAUGAAAACAAGACCACUCCAAACUUACAUGUAAUUUCAAGUAUGAACUUCACUUACUGACAAUAUACCUAGCAGUGUUUAGGAUUCUGUUGCUCUGUGUUAUAAAUGUGAAUUUUUUGCUUCAAGAAGGCAUCAAUUAAAUCUAAUCUCAUGUGAUAAGAAAUGAAUAGCAUGCUAGUAAUAAUGAAUGAAGAUUUCACUGCUGGGGCUGGUGAUAUUAUCAAAUAGGGUUAGGCAAAGUCUUGUACUUUGAAUAAAAUUCUGAUAAAAGAUGGAGGUCAUUGGUAACAAAUGUCAUCCUUGGUGUGGGUACAUGUGAGAGGUAACUAGUAAUUAAAGUGAUUUGAAAUGAUAUUAGCUUGUUAAUUUCUUGAGCUGGAUCUCUUUUGCUUGUAUUCUUUUAGAGCCUUCCUCUCCUUACCUAUUAAUAUUCAUUUGUUUGUCUAGUGACAGGAUUUCUUUGAUUGCUUUAGUGGUGGGUUUCUUUAGUUUUGCAUGCUGUUUAUUUUCUCCUCCCCUAGUUUUAGUGGAGAUACUUUUGAAUCACAAUGACAACACUAAGUCUGGGGUUAAGGGACAAAAACAACUUUAUAAACAUUAAGAAUAAUUAGUUUCAUGGAAUAAAUUUAAUCUAUUUCAUGUUCACAUGGGCCACUCAGUUUUGAAAUUGUAUUGAAUUCACAAUCACUCGAACUUGAGCCUCUUAACUAAUAAUUGGACAGCAGUAAUCAUGAUGCUCUCUUUCUGCCCCAUGUCCACAAGCACAAAAGUAGAUUUUAGAUGACCAUUUGCAUCAUAAUGACCAGUGUUCAGACAUCUUUAUUUGAUUGUGUGGCUAUGUACAUAAACCCCUAUCAUUUCAUUGAUUUGAUUAUUCUGUGUUUCUGUGUAGUAUUGUCUCAUCAUGGACUAGAUAUGUGAGUUUAUAUGUAUCAUAUUUAGAAUGUAAAUGUACUGGAUUCAAACAAAUACAGGCAAAAAAUUAUUA